GCAGCGCCGCGCGAGACGUUGGGCCUGGUUUGGAGGUGUCGCCGCCGCUGCUGCUGCCACCGUUGCCGCCGCCGGAAAGCACAAGGAGCGGGAGCAAGCGCAGCGUGGCGAUGGGCUGGGGCAGAACCCCGCCGGAGAGGCUGGGCGGCCGCCGGUGACAGACUGUGCUCUGUCCACGUCACCUCCUGCAUGUCCUGCUGCCCUGAGCUGUCCCAAGCUAGGUGACAGCGUAUUGCGCUGCCACCAUGAACGAAGUGUGUGUCAUCAAAGAAGGCUGGCUCCACAAGCGUGGCGAAUACAUCAAGACUUGGAGGCCCCGGUACUUCCUGCUGAAGAGUGAUGGCUCCUUCAUUGGGUAUAAGGAGAGGCCCGAGGCCCCUGAUCAGACCUUACCUCCCUUAAACAAUUUCUCCGUAGCAGAAUGUCAGCUGAUGAAGACCGAGAGGCCACGUCCUAACACUUUUGUCAUACGCUGCCUGCAGUGGACCACAGUCAUCGAGAGGACCUUCCACGUAGACUCUCCAGAUGAGAGGGAGGAGUGGAUGCGGGCCAUCCAGAUGGUUGCGAACAGCCUCAAGCAGCAGGGCCCAGGUGAGGACCCCAUGGACUACAAGUGUGGCUCCCCCAGUGACUCCUCUGCGGCUGAGGAGAUGGAAGUGGCAGUCAGCAAGGCACGAGCCAAAGUGACCAUGAAUGACUUCGACUAUCUCAAACUGCUUGGCAAGGGCACCUUUGGCAAAGUCAUCCUGGUGCGGGAGAAGGCUACUGGCCGCUACUAUGCCAUGAAGAUCCUGCGGAAGGAGGUUAUCAUUGCCAAGGAUGAAGUUGCUCACACAGUUACCGAGAGCCGGGUCCUCCAGAACACCAGACACCCAUUCCUCACUGCACUGAAGUAUGCCUUUCAGACCCACGACCGCCUAUGCUUCGUGAUGGAGUAUGCAAACGGUGGGGAGUUGUUCUUCCACCUGUCCCGGGAGCGUGUCUUCACAGAGGAGCGGGCCCGAUUUUAUGGCGCAGAGAUUGUGUCCGCUCUUGAGUACUUGCACUCGCGGGAUGUGGUAUACCGUGACAUCAAGCUGGAAAACCUCAUGCUGGACAAAGAUGGCCAUAUCAAGAUUACUGACUUUGGCCUGUGCAAGGAGGGCAUCAGUGAUGGGGCUACCAUGAAAACCUUCUGUGGGACCCCGGAGUACCUGGCGCCUGAGGUGCUGGAGGACAAUGACUAUGGUCGGGCUGUGGACUGGUGGGGGUUGGGUGUGGUCAUGUACGAGAUGAUGUGUGGCCGCCUGCCCUUCUACAACCAGGACCACGAGCGCCUCUUCGAGCUCAUCCUCAUGGAAGAGAUCCGCUUCCCGCGCACACUCAGCCCCGAGGCCAAGUCCCUGCUUGCUGGGCUGCUUAAGAAGGACCCCAAGCAAAGGCUCGGUGGGGGGCCCAGCGAUGCCAAGGAGGUCAUGGAGCACAGGUUCUUCCUCAACAUCAACUGGCAGGACGUGGUACAGAAGAAGCUCCUGCCACCCUUCAAGCCUCAGGUCACAUCUGAGGUUGAUACAAGGUACUUCGAUGAUGAAUUCACCGCCCAGUCCAUCACAAUCACACCCCCGGACCGCUAUGACAGCCUGGGCUCACUAGAGCUGGACCAGCGGACCCACUUCCCCCAGUUCUCCUACUCAGCCAGCAUCCGCGAGUGAGCAGCCUGCCUGCCGCCACAGGACACACGCUCGGCUGCCAUCCACCGCCCGGGUGGCUUUUUUUUUUUUUUUUAAACUUUUUAUUUUGCCUUUUUGGUUUGUUUCUCCAUCCCUCACCUCCCCACCCCCAUUUCCAGUUCCUUCUUUAGUCCUCUCCCAAACUCACCUCAGCGGUCCCAGCAGCCCUUGCCUCCAGUCUCACCUCUGGGCAAUUCUCUGCCUCCUGCCCCAGGACCGGGCUGUUGUGUGAAUGGAGAGAUUCGGGUUUUUAAUCAACACAAGCCCCAGUGGAGGGGUGAAGCAUGAAGCUGUGGGCCUGCCUGAAUUUCUGGCCAGGCACCUGGCAGGCAGCCCGCUUAUGCUGCUGCUUCUGGAUGGAGGCUGCGUUCUGCUGGGACAUGUCGCCCAGCGGACAGUGCCCUGGUGCUGCCUUCCACCUCCUGUUGCCUAGGCUCAGAGUGGCCUGGCAUGGGGCAGUCUGAUCCCUGCCCUCCCCCUGCCAUGGGGGUAGAAAAGCAAUAAUGUCCAGAGACAGGUGGGGGCUUUUGGAAGCUAAGGCAUCAGGGCGUUAGGGCUCCCUUGUGAAUGGGGCCAGGUCCUCGGAUCUGUAUUGUGGGGAAUGAAGAGGGGCUCGGAGGUGGGCCCUGCCUCCCCACCUCCCCCCAAGCUGCUCUCCUUACCCUGUGGACAAGGCAGGAGGAACAUUUGAGGGCUAGCCAGCCCGGCCCCCAGCCCCCGUGCCUUACCAGGGCUUCCUUCCAGCUGGCCUUGCCUCCUGCUGGAUCCAGGGCCCGGCCCUGGCCCUGGCCCAGGAGGAUGGGGGUGGGUAAUGCCCUUCUCUCUGCCUGGGGCAGAGGGGCACCAGCCUCGGCUGUUACACAUCUCACACCGAGACAGUAUUGGGCCCCAUGGACUUGGGUUGGGGAAGGGGUGGGCGUCUCUGGUACGUAUUGGGGUACGGGGAGCCUCUGAGAAAGGAGGCUCCCAGGCUGCCUCACUCCCUCCCCUUCUCCAGGGUCCCACGUUCUGCAGCCUUAAGGUGAACGUGACGUGAGUCCGUGUCAGUGCUGUGGGUACACAUGUGUCAGUGGGCAUCCUUGUGUGUCUGGGAUGCAGAGGCACAUGGGUGUGUGUUUGUGCAUGUGUGUCGGGUAUGUGUGUGGGAGGGCAGUGUGUCUGAGUCCUCCAGUGUGUGUGGCGUGUGUGGGCUCGGGCCCCCAUCCUUGGCCUGAGCACUUCACCUCGUGGGGGGCGGGGUGCUGACCCAGUGGGAGGAGCCCCACCUGGGAGCCCCUCCCUUGCCGCCCUGCCCACAUCUCUCCUCCCCUCCCCCAAACAUCUCUGGGUGUUUGAAAUUUAGUUUUUGUGAUUUUGAUCUCCCCACCCCACCUCCUGUACUAGGCAGUUCACAGAAGGGCAUUGUGGGGUGAGGGUUGGUUUGGGUGGGUGGGGGUUCCUUUCUCCUUUUUGUGUGUGUAUGUUGUUUAUCUGACAAUUUCCCCCUCAUUCCCACUUGCCUUUCCCUGUUCCUCAUAUUUGUACGGUACAAGCAAUAAAGACACUCAUUUCA